AUGGCUGCUGCAGCUGUUGGUGAAGCUUUUCUAUCUUUAUUAAUUGAAGUUGUCCUUGACAGGCUGGCUUCUCCUCAGGUUCUUGACUUCAUCCAUGGGAAAAAAGUUUACAUCAAUUUGGUUCAAAGGUUGAAUAACACUCUUUAUGCUGUGGAAGCUGUGCUGAAUGAUGUGGAGCAGAAACAGUUCAAAGACUCUGCUAUUAAGAAAUGGCUCGAUGAUCUCAAAGACGCUGUCUAUGUUGCUGAUGACCUUUUCGACCACAUUUGUACCAAAGCUGCUACUCGGAAGAACAAGGAGGUGAGUACUACUAACUACUUCUCUCCAUUUUUCAAUUUUGAAGAAAGGGAUAUGGUUUAUAAGUUGGAAGACAUAGUUGCUAGACUUGAAUACAUUCUGAAAAUCAAUAAUAUUCUUGGUCUUCAACAUAUUGCAACUCACCCCUCUUGUUGGAGAAAUUCAUCAACUUCUCCAGUGGCAUUUAAUUAA